UUUUUAAGAAUGGCGGGGCGGGGCGGUGCUGGCCGUUGGGCUCGCGGCGCAUGCGCAGAGCCCGCAGCCGCCCCAUUCAAGCCGCCCGGGCCGGCGCGGCCCCCCCGGGCCCCCCCCGCCAUGGUGUCGUGGGUGCUGAGCCGGGCCGUGCUGCUGGUUUUCGGGAUGCUGUACCCCGCCUACGCCUCCUACAAGGCCGUGAAGAGCAAGAACAUCCGCGAAUACGUGCGCUGGAUGAUGUACUGGAUCGUCUUCGCCCUCUUCAUGGCCACCGAGACCGUCACCGACAUCUUCCUCUCCUGGCUUCCCUUCUACUACGAGGUGAAGAUGGCCUUCGUCGUCUGGCUGCUGUCCCCGUACACCCGCGGCUCCAGCCUCCUCUACCGCAAGUUCGUGCACCCCACGCUGUCCCGCAGGGAGCAGGAGAUCGACACCUACAUCAUCCAGGCCAGGGAGCGGGGCUACGAGACCAUGGUGCGGUUCGGCAAGCGGGGCCUCAACAUCGCCGCCACCGCCGCGGUGCAGGCGGCCGCCAAGAGCCAGGGCGCGCUGGCCGGGCGGCUGCGCAGCUUCAGCAUGCAGGACCUGCGCUCCCUCCCCGACGAAGCCCCCGUGCACUACCGGGACCCCCUGUACCUGGAGGAGCAGGAGAGCCGCAGGCAGCCCCCGGGUGAGCCGGGAGCAGCGGGGUCCCUGCGCGCAGCGUGGCCGCGGGGCUCGGGGGGCUGUGCCAGAGCCGUCGGGUGGCCCCUGUCCCCAGCCUGCGGAGCGGCGCCGCGCUGCGACAGCGAGACGGAGGAGGAGGAGGAGGAGGAGGAGGAGCGCUGGUCGGACUCGCAGGUUUCCCCCAAGCCCACCCCUCACCCCCGGGACCCCAGACCCCUCUCCCGGAGCCAGAGCUUGCGCGCGGCGAAGAAGAAGCCCCAAGGCAAAGAGGGCUCUUCCCGGCUGGCGCGCGGCCGCGUUCGGAAGAAGCCGGCUCGGACGGAGAAGGACAAUUAGUUUAACACUGCACACACCCCCCACCCCGGGGAAAAGCAUCGCCAGGAGUCUUAACUUGUUGAGUUUGCUGCUGCAGCGCCGGGGGGAGCCGGGGUUUGUGCCGCCAGCUCCCCCCCCACCCGCCCCGGGGUGAGGGCUCCCCGCUGCCUCGCGCCGCGCGUGCCUUAGGUUUUGGUGUCUGCGCCCUCCCGGCCGCACCUCGCACCCCGGGGGUGCCUCGUGGAGGGCUUGGGGGGCUCCAUCCUGCUCCCGGCCGUGCUACCCCCCCCCCUUCCCUUGACCAUCGCUGCUGCAGGGGGGGCGCCGGCGCCUCUCCCGUGGGGGCCCGGCUCCCCCCUCCCCAGGCACUACAGGAGCCCUGUCCUCGGCACGGGGUCCCCGGGGGGGUCCUGCUCUGCCGCUGCCACGUUGCCUUCCUCCCGCCUCCCCUCUCCCCCGGGAGCCAGUGUGGGGACGUUCCUGGGCUCCAUCAAUCCCCCGUGAAGCCAAAGACACCGCCCGUGCCCCCCCCUCCACCACGGGUGUGUCCCCCCCCCCCCUUUUUUUUCCUCUCUCUACUUGAAACCGGAGCACCGGUGCCUGCCCGUGCCCUGCGCGGCACCACGCGGCUUUUAACGCCCCCCCCCCUCCUCGAGGGGGAGGUGGGGGGGGGGGGCAUUUUUGUACACAGACGAAUAAAUCUGAUUCCAGACUUU